UUCUUUUACUUUCAAGCGGAUUCCUUUUUCUUGGCUUUCAUACUACUGAUACAAUACGGAUGGACGUAUACUUUAAAACAUCGGCACCAGGUACUACUGCAGCAGCAGGUGGAGGAGCAGUUGUCAACAGCAAGCAUGGUGAUCGCUCUGCUACCGCUACUACUGCUGCUGUUGCCACACGUUCAUUCUGGAAAUUGGCCAGGAUGAUGUCAAAACACGACCACAGGAUUGCACCGUCCAAUGCACAGCAAGUGAAUUCUUUAAAAAAGCGUGCCAUGCAAUAUUUUACCGCAGCAACAACGACAAAGCCAGCACUCCAACAGCAACACAGCAAGGAUGAUGAAUUUGAGCAAAAAGGACAGGUUGCUAGCAGUAAUCACUGCACGACGGCUGUACCGCAACCGGCAUUGCUUCCAGCAGCAAAAACGACGAUGAAAACUACGACUUCGAUGCCUUCGUCCACAACAGUCUCAUCCUCCUCAGCAACAGCAGCAGCAAAAGAUGCAGCUAGCACUACUGUUGUAGGAGCAAAAACAUCACCAUCAAACCAUGGCAGUGGUCAUUUGAAGAAAAGUCCAAGUGGCCAAUCGGCUUCUUUAUCUACAGCAUCAAGCUACCGACUACGAAAAGCAAUGGCGUGGUUAGGACGGUCGUUUCACCGGUUUCAAUAUAGCGGCUUGAUAAAAUUCCAGAAAAGAAAAAUGGAGAAUAACGCAUCGUUGCCGUCCCUCGGCGAUUAUGCACCAUUGAGCACGGGGAGACAUGCGUUUGAAGGCUCUGAGCGACCAUUUACUUAUGCGUAAGGAGAUCGAUAAGCAGGUGAAUCGCUUUGUUACAUAUACUAAGAGCAUGUGUGUCUGAUAGUAGUAACACUAGUUCCAAAAAGAAGAAUAUGGAG